AUGCUCUGGGACGAGUUCUGCUUCGCCACGACGCAGCCGCUCCCCGACGCCGAGCUCGAGAAGCUCCAAGCCGAAGAGGCCGCGGCGCGCCGCCGCAUCUGCGAGGGCCUCUGCGGCCCGACGCUCGCGCCUCUACUCCAAGACGCGUGCGCCCGCGUCUCCACCCACCUCGACGCCGCGGCGACGGGCUGCGAGAGUUUGUUGGAGGCGACGGAAGACCGGCUCCGCGCGAUGCGCGAGGCGCCGCCGCUCGUGGAGUUCAUCCAGCGCGACUGCGUCAUCGCGGCGACGGCGCCCUUCGCGCUCAUCGCGGAGGGCCUCAACUGCCUCACCCCCCAGACGCCGCCGCCGGCCGCCCCCGAGCCCGUGGAGCCCGAGAAGCCCGACGGCUUCAUCAGUAUCGACAACAAGUUCGACGUCUUCGUCUGCACGAACGUCUAG